AUGUAUGGGCUCCUGCUCGUCACGUCGCUGCUUGCAGCACUACCUGUGAAUGCCGAUGGACUAUACACCAAGAAUUCCCCGGUGCUGCAGCUGAACUCCAAAACUUACAACUCGCUCAUCGCGAAGUCAAAUCAUACCUCGAUCGUCGAAUUCUAUGCUCCCUGGUGCGGCCACUGCCAGAGCCUCAAGCCCGCCUACGAGAAAGCCGCGAAGAACCUCGACGGACUGGCGAACGUUGCCGCGAUCAACUGCGAUGACGACGAGAACAAAGCCUUCUGCGGUCAGAUGGGUGUACAGGGCUUCCCUACCCUCAAGAUCAUGACCCCGUCCAAGAAACCCGGAAAGCCACGCGUGGAGGACUACCAGGGCGCGCGCAGUGCCAAAGGCAUUGUCGACGCAGUCGUGGACCACAUCCCCAACCACGUGAAGCGCGCAACAGACAAGGACCUGGACAAGUGGCUCGGACAGAACGAAGGCCGGCCCAAGGCCAUUCUCUUCACGGACAAAGGCACCACAAGCGCGUUGAUCCGCGCCCUGGCAAUCGACUUCCUGGGCGCCAUUGACAUUGCCCAGGUGCGCAACAAGGAAACCGCAUCUGUCAACAAGUUUGGAGUCACCUCGUUCCCCGCGCUCGUCCUCAUCACCGGCGACGAACCCCAGAUCUACCAGGGCGAUCUGAAGAAGAAGCCCAUCACCGAGUUCCUGAGCCAAGCCGCCGCUCCCAACGCGCCUGCAUCCGCAGACUCCAAGCCGAAGCCCAAGCCCAAGGCUAAGAAGUCCAAGCCCGCAGCAAAGCCAACCUCUGUCGCCGAGGACACCGAGGACGAGCCCACCGCCGCCCAGGAAGAACCCAAGCCUGUCCAAACCCCUGUUCCUGCACCCGCAAUCCCAACUCUCUCCACCCCCGAAUCCCUCCAAGCAGCCUGCCUAGCCCCAAAGUCUGGAACAUGCGUGCUAGCUAUCCUUCCCGAGGCCGGCGAGUCCGACGAAGCCCUCCCAGCCCCAGCUACAGCUGCGCUUACCAGUCUGGCUGAAAUUGGCCACAAACAUGCUCAGCGUGGUACGCACCUGUUCCCCUUGUAUGCUAUCCCCGCCAGCAACCCCAUCUCCCAUAUCCUUCGCACGACCUUGGGUCUGGCCAAGGGACCGGCUGUGGAAAUCGUUGCGCUAAAUGCUCGCCGGAGCUGGUGGCGCCGCUUCACUGCUGACGCGGAGGACUUUGGGGCCGUUGCUGUUGAGUCUUGGGUUGACGCUAUUCGUCUUGGUGAGGGCGCCAAGGAGAAGUUGCCUGAGGGUCUUGUCGCUGGCGCUGAAGCCGAAACUGAAGCCGAAGCCGAGCCUGUGGUCGAGACCGAGACUGUUCCUGAACCCGAAGCUGAAGCCGAGGUUGACCCUGAGGUCGAGGAACAGGUCGAGCCUCAGCACGAUGAGCUGUGA